AUGAAAAUGAGAAGAUUCUUUUCAUUGGAUCGAAUUCUUCUACUCUCAAUCAUCAUCCAGAUAGUUCUUUGUUCAGAUUUUGAAUAUGCACGAAUCAUUGGAAAUCCAAGGCUGAAAUGUGGAGAGAACUCAUUGCUACUUCAAAUAGAAACAUCGGUGGCUUUUCAAGGAAGAAUUUAUGUUGUGGAUAAGCCAGAAUUCCCCUCUUGUUCAUCAAAUUUUCUUUCAAAUCUCUCUCCAAACGGCACAAUUCUAUUGAAUUUCGAGAGAUGUUUCGAAGAGACAAAGCACAAGAAUGGAUCUCGAAUAUUUGAUGCAUUUGUGGCUGUGAGUUUUCAUCCAAUAGUGAUGACCACAGCCGAUCGAAUAUUUUCUGUGAAAUGCAUCGAUGAAAGAAAUAUAGGAAGCAUCCAAGAGAAGCCAAAUGUUACUUGUUCUCAUAUCAUUCGCCAAGCCUCUCAAUGGGAUCUUUUCUCUCCACAAUUUCAUCUCGGUGAUUCGAUUGUUCAUGAUUGGAGUUGCACAUUUCCACCAAAGGAAGAAGGCCAAUUCCUGGGUAUUCUCACCUUUUGCAAUGCCGUUUCUCAAUCAGGCAAAAUAAUUCAUCUCAUUGAUGAAAAUGGCUGUAUCAUUGACUUGGAACUUCUCGGCGAUCUCUCCUACAGUAACUAUCAAGUAAAAAUCUAUGGAAGAGCAAAAAUAUUUCGCUUUAUAGCCGGUGAAAAGAUGCGCUUUGAAUGUAAAUUACAAAUGUGCCGACGAGGAAUUGGAGGAUGUAAUCAAAGUCUUCUUCCCCCAAAGUGCUCAUUCACUAAAGAAGAGCUCUUGAAACGUCAUGAAUUGAGAAAAGCUCGUCUGUCUAGCUCAAAAGAUGACUUUAGAACAAAACUUAUGACGGAAACGGUCCACUUCGAACGAGAGGUCGAUGUGAUGAGUGAAUGGAUUACUGUACAUCAUAAUGAAUACACGAAUGUGGAGAAAUUGCGAGAAAGAUACAUAUUGACAGCCGCGGUCAAUCAUUCUCUCAUCGAAAUUCGAAUGCCUUCAACCCAAAGACCCUUUUUGAUGGAUAUAUCGUUCAGAGAUGUACACAAUAAAACACUUUGGACGACUUCUCCUCCAAAUAUUCAAUCAUUCCAAGUCGGCUCUCAACCCGUGAAACGAGUACCGGAACUCAUGAAAAUCGAAAAUUUCAAUUUUGAAAGCAUUGAUGAGAUGCAUCCUGAUUUCAAUCAAUUCCAAUCAUCAGACAAUGUUCCAUCGACACAGAACCAUCCUGGCCGACUUUCUCCAGUUUCAUCAACACCUUUACUCACACCUUUGCAAAGAGCUGUCACUGUCUUUUCCACUACUCCAACUUCCACAACAAAAAGCAUAACUUUCUCAAAUAGGAGAACCAUUUUAACGAAGCAAAAUGAGAAAUGGGACUCAAAUGGAGAUUUUGAAUUAGUUUUGGAACCACUGAGAUGGAACGAUCCCUCUUCACAAUCCCCUUCAACACCUCUUCCAUUCGAUUUCAUUCCAAAAGUGACAACAACAAGAAGACCUCCAUUCAAACAGAGUAGCGAUAAUGAUCUGGAAUUGAUGAAUAUUAACACUGAAGAGUCACCAUUUGAAGAGAUGAGUAGUGAAGAAAUGGGAAGAGCUCCGCCACCAAUUGAUAACGAUGUACAGGAACAAUUUGAGAAUCAUCGAGAACAAUGGAGACUUGAUGAUUCGAAAGGAGUUGAGGGAAAUGAUACAAAUGAUCCACUACGAUCAAUUGGAGCUCAAUGUGCAAAUCGGACUGUUAAUACUUCGAAAUCUAAAUGGACAUCAAUGAAUGAUAUUCUUUUGGCAUGGUCAUUUGGAUCUCUUGUUGUGUGGGUGGUGUUGGCUGUCGUCUUCUUCUACAGACAUAGCAACCAGAAAACGGAUUGGGUCAGAAGACGUCAAGUGAUCUCUCAAGCUUGUAUCAUUCAUCCCGAACAUCCAUGGACACAUAGAGAUGCAUUUGUAGAGGACAAGAAAGAAGCCAAAGAAAGAAAU